AAAGCAAUGGUUGUUAGAAACAGCAGCACAUGCUUCUAUAAAGACUGGAAUGACAACGGAAAGACAGAAGAAAAGAAAAGAAAAACACUCCCUCGUCUGUUCGCUUUUUCCUUCACUUCCUUACUCCCCCCGUCUCUCUCUCUCUCCUUGCCUGUCCUUCUCGCGCUCCCAUUUAGUUCGGAGAAAACAUGAAGGAAAAGAGGAGUAAAUUCCAGCGGGGACCACCAAAGUCAAGUGAAAGUUUCUCCUGAGCGGGGAUCUCAUCAUUACCAAGCGGAUGGACGGACAGGAAGGAAAAUAUCAAUUCAAGUCAUUGCCGUGAUAAGCGCUUAGAUGAAUAAACAAUCGCAAAAGUCAUAAACUGCGCUCGCUCGUGAAUGUGUGACAGUCGCGUCCGCGUGGGUUGAGCCAGCCGGACUCGAGGCUCUGGUUCUGGUUCUGGUUCGAGGCUCUUGUUCUGUAGCCGACACACUAAAGGUCAGAGACUUCAAACCCGAGAAGCAGAGGCGUCGCCACCCGUCGAUUCAGCAGCCAUGGCCGGGGCGAAACCGGGAGUACACGCGUUACAGCUCAAACCGGUGUCUGUCCAUGAGGUGCUCAAACGGGGGAGCAAGUUUAUCAAGUGGGACGAGGACUCCAACAUCCCACCCAGCCUUGUCACCCUCAAAGUUGACCCAGAUGGAUUCUUCCUCUACUGGUCUGGAGGGACCAACAUGGAAUAUGAAAUCCUGGACAUCUGUCAUAUCAGGGAUACCAGGACGGGGAGAUAUUCCAAGAUGCCAAAGGACCCACGUAUACGUGAAAUGUUGGGUUUGGGCAGAGGAGAAGGGAACUCCGACUCAAAGCUGCUAACUGUUGUCUACGGCAACGACCUGGUCAACAUCUCCUUCCUUAACUUCCAAGCUGUGAUGGAUGGCUAUUGCAAGGUGUGGACUGACGAACUGUUUAAACUUGCCACAAACACACUCUCCCAGAAUGCUUCCCGCAACACCUUCUUAAUGAAAGCUUACACAAAGCUGAAGCUGCAGGUAAAUCAGGAUGGGAAAAUCCCAGUGAAGAACAUCAUGAAAAUGUUCUCGGAUAAGAAACGUGUGGAGAAUGCGCUGGAGCACUGCGGUCUGGUCAAUAGCAGAGUAAUCAGUCGAGCACAGGGGGAUCAUGGUAUAAAGCUAGAGGACUUUACCUGGGAAAUGUUCCAGAACUUCCUCAGCAAACUAUGUCCCAGACCAGAGGUGGAGCGUGUCUUUGUGGAGCUUGGCUCUAGAGGGAAGCCCUUCUUGUCUCUGGAUCAGUUGAUGGACUAUAUAAAUCGGAGACAGAGAGAUUCUCGACUAAAUGAGGUUCUUUACCCACCGCUCAAGCGAGAACAGGUCCGCCAACUCAUGGAGAAAUAUGAAACCAACGUCAGCCAGCUGGAAAGAGACCAGAUCUCCCUAAUGGCCUUCGCAAAGUAUCUUGGUGGUGAAGAGAACUCUGUGGUUCCUUAUGAGAGGUUGGACAUCAUCGAUGAUAUGAACCAACCCCUUUCCCACUAUUUCAUCAACUCUUCACACAACACGUACCUCACAGUGGGGCAGUUGACGGGCCUGUCGUCAGUAGAGAUGUACCGGCAGGUGUUGCUGACAGGGUGUCGCUGUAUAGAGCUAGACUGCUGGAAGGGCCGCCCACCUGACGAAGAGCCAAUCAUCACGCACGGUUUCACAAUGACAACUGAGAUUCCAUUCAAGGAGGUGAUUGAAGCUAUUGCUGAAAGUGCAUUCAAGACGUCCCAAUAUCCUCUGAUCCUGUCCUUUGAGAAUCAUGUGGACUCGGCAAAGCAACAGGCUAAAAUGGCAGAAUACUGUCGCUCUAUGUUCGGGGACGCGCUACUCAUUGAUCCACUAGACAAAUAUCCGCUGGAACCUGGUCAACCACUGCCAAGCCCCCAGGACCUGAUGGGGAAAAUCUUGAUCAAGAACAAGAAGAAACACCACCACAGGGCAUCAAACGGUGGGAGCAUUAGACGCAAGGACGGAACAGACGAACAGUCCUCGCCUUUGAAUGAUUGUCCGUUGUCUGAUGGGGAGGUGGGCCAGAACAUGUCCAAUGGGGGUGAGAAGCUUGCAGAGAGGAUGGCCAAAGACCUUGAUAUCCGCAAGUCUAUUGAUGGAGAGAGCGAUGAAGAGGAGGAAGAGGAACCCAUUCCAGAUCCAAAGAAACACAACAACACUGAUGAGGGUACUGCGUACAGUGAGGUGAACGCUACAGAGGAGAUGUCCACAUUGGUCAACUACAUAGAACCAGUCAAAUUCAAAUCCUUUGAGGCGGCCUGCAAGAGGAAUAAGUAUUUUGAGAUGUCAUCUUUUGUGGAGACCAAAGGCAUGGAUACUAUGAAGAAUUAUCCCGGCGAGUUUGUUGAAUACAAUAAAAAGCAGUUAAGUCGCAUCUACCCCAAAGGGACCCGUGUGGAUUCCAGUAACUAUAUGCCACAGCUCUUCUGGAACGUGGGCUGCCAGAUGGUGGCGCUAAACUUCCAAACUCUCGACUUGCCAAUGCAGCUGAACAUGGGGGUGUUUGAAUAUAACGGCAACUGUGGGUAUCUACUGAAGCCAGAGUUCAUGAGGCGCACAGACAAACACUUUGAUCCCUUUACUAUGGACAUUGUGGAUGGCAUUGUAGCCAACACAGUUAGAGUCAAGAUCAUCUCAGGCCAGUUUCUGAGUGAUAAGAAGGCCAGUGUUUACGUGGAGAUAGACAUGUUUGGACUUCCUGCAGACACUAAAAGAAAAUAUCGAACGAAAACUUCUAACAACAACUCUCUGGACCCAAUCUGGGAUGAUGAAGCCUAUGUGUUCAACAAGGUGGUAUUACCCACCCUGGCGUCUCUUCGAUUAGCAGUGUUUGAGGAAAAUGGGAAGUUUCUUGGUCAUCGUAUCUUGCCAGUAUCGGCUUUGCGCCCAGGAUAUCACUACAUCAGUCUGAAGAAUGAACUGAACCAACCACUCAUGCUGGCAUCCCUGCUUGUGUACACUGAAGCUAGGGACUACAUCCCCAAUGAGCACCAAGAAUACGCAGAGGCUCUGACAAACCCAAUCAAACAUCUCUCUCUGCUGGCCCAGAGAGAAAAGCAGCUAUUAGCACUUAUGGAGGAUCUCCCUGUGGAAGUCAAAAAAGAGAUGCUGCGAAACCAGGAUAAGACGGAGAAACUAGACGAAGGAGACUCUAACUCUGGCUGCGUACCUUCUGCUGACCCUUUCUGCCCUCUGCCAUCAUCUCCAACACUUCCUCCUGUAGUCAGUGAGGUCAUGAACUCUCCUCCAUCAGGCCCAAAAGAAGAUCUAGUCAACAAUAUUCUUAAAGUUAUCGAACCUCAGUCUAUUGAUGAGCUCAAACAGCAAAACUCCUACCAGAAGCUGAAGAAGAAACAGUCCAAGGAACUCAAGGAGUUGAGCAAGAAACAUGUGAAAAAGUUGUGGGCUCUCAGUAAGGAACAAAAGACUCGAUGUACUCAGCUGAACUCUGACCUCCAGAGGAAACGAAGUCAGAUGGAGAAGCGUUUGCGCAGCAGUCUGAAGAAAAAUGGGUCAGAGGAACCUGCGCAGAGGGAAUUGAAAGAGCUGGAUCUGGAGCUAGAGAGACAGACAGAGCAGUUCAGAGAGGAGCAGCUGCAGGAGCUUCUUGCGCUCAGACAGGCACAACAUCAGACAGAGAAAGAGGCUAAACAAUGCCACCUCAAAGAGGCAAAUCAGAAACUGAGGGAAAUCGCCCAAGACUGCCAAGCAUCCCAGAUCAAAAAACUCAAGGAAGUGUGUGACAAAGAGAAGAAAGAGUUACAGAAGAUUUUGGAAAGGAAGAGGCUAAACAGCAUCAUUGAGGCCAAGAAAUCUGAAAAGGAAAUCAGGGAGCUGACCGAGAUCAAUAGAAAACAUAUCAAUGAAUCGGUCAGCUUAAUCCGUCAGCUGGAAGUGUCUCAGGGGAAACGUCAAGAGAAGUUGAAAGCCCUUCACAAGGACAUCCUUCAGAAAAUUGAGGAGGAGGUUCCACUGGACCAGGCCCGUCUGACACUCGAGUGCGAGGCGGAAAUGACGCUCUUGCCAGGGGAGGUGUCUCGCUUCAUGCAGGAGGUCGAGAGCAAAGGCUCUCGUAAAGACACCCUGAUAGGUCAGGCCAAUGACAGCCUCAGCUCUGGCCCCUCCUCCAACUGCAGCACGCCCCCUUACACCUCCCCAAACCACACCUGGGGGAGCAACAUGGGCAAUGCUGUCUCAAUGCUGGAAUCCUCCUCAACCUCAAACACUCCCGUCAAGUCAGAGACGGACACUACAGGAGUGUACUAGUGAUACUACAAUUUGUUUUAUUUGUUUUUCCCAUCACUCUCUCCAAUCCAUUUUUGUCCGCAGUGGAUUUAAAGAAUAGACAUAGUAUUACUAAAACAUUUUAUGAUUUUUUUUUUUUUUUUUUCUGAGGAUUUUUGUUGUUGUUUUGUUUUUUCUUAAAACUGGCAUACACUCUGCCACUGUCUGUCGGAAUCAAAUCUGGCAUCUUUUAAUUUUUUUUUAAACCAAAGUUUUAAUGGAUUUUGAAUUUUAUCCAGCUCUAACGACGUGGGCUCUCGUCCAUACUAAUUCCUGUUCGUAAGACACCUGUGGAAACCAAAGGGGACGGGCUUCUCUGUUGUAUAUUUUGCACUUUUUGCAGCUUUACAUGUAGUUCCACAAGUUGUCCUGAAGGUGGCAGUGUAAAUUUGACAGUAAAGGCUGUGAUGCUAGCGCUAGGCUAUUGCUUAAUCUGGUGAUACAUGUUUACAUAAUAAUGCACAGAUGGACUAUUCUUUUAUCCACCCCCGAAAAACACAAUUUCAUUCAUUUCAUUACCCCACUGCAACCGAAACAUCCUGUCAUGUGAAUGUUUAUCGGGUUUUAAAUUCACUGUCAGAAAAAAAAUGAAAUCUGCAAAAAUUAUACCAAUAAGGGAACAGUACCUUGUCACAACUGGACAACUUUGCUCCUCAUCGGAGUUCUAAUAUGUACCGUUAAAAGUAUUACAGGCAAUCUUUUGGGGUUAAAUAUGGUGUGUUGUCCAUUUAACACAGCGGUUGUAACUAAAGCUACAUUUUUUUUUUGUUUCCCAUGACACUUAAAUGUUUAAGUGCCUCACAUCUACAUAUACAGUGCUUGAACUCUUUCACCCAGAUAAUUAUUUCUAAAAUCGUGUAAUCCCACUCGCUCUCCUUCUCUCUGUCGGUUGGCUUAAUCUAAUCCCGACUCUUGGUAAUUGGCAGUGAUCCCACAUCUGACGCUGUCUCAAAUCCAGUGAUGUCCAGGAAACUUAAUGGGCCACCCCUUGUAUUUUUUGUCCAACCGCAGAUGAAUCCACUCACGGCUUGGGUGCGGUUCCACUUCGGAUCCCAUCUCAGGGACUCUGCGUGCAAAUCCCCCUUCCGGCUUUAUCAAGGUCUAUUCAGAGGCAUAACAUUGUUGCAUAAUAUGCAACAAAAAACAGCAUAUGAUUUGUUUAAUGUGAGAUUGAAGCAAGACUUUUUCAGCUUAGCUCUGCAAUCCAGGGCUUUUUUUAAUCCAUUGGAAUGCAUGACCGUUCUCAUAUUGUAAUCUGGUCUGCUGUCACCCUCCUCUUCCUGUUUACUUUUUAUAAAUCGGGUCAAUUUUCUGGUUCUGUGUCCAGUUGCUUCUCUUCCCCUCAUUCCUUUCACUCUCUUUGUGUCUCUCAGGGCUCCGAGGCUCAAAAUUAAGAAAGUUGGAGUUGGCGUGCUAGCACGCAUCAUUCACACUAUAAUACCAGAGCGUGAAAGUGUGUUUUAUGUUUUAUGAAAGACGAUGAUUACAGCACUUAUAUACGCUGAGUGAGUAACAUAAUAUGCCACAUGCAUGUUACGUUUCUUCUGCAUGCAUUGAUGGAAAUAUUUCCUAGAGUAAUUUACAAAGUGUGUGUUUGUGUGUGUGUGAGGUAAGUGCUGGCUGCGAGAAUGGACACUGCACAGUAGAGUUUAGAAGGCCAGAAAGCAAAAGGGCUGAAGUGAGAUGGACAACACCAUCUUUCACUAUGGUUUGUUCGUUGAGGGUUUUCUAUGACUCGGCCCAUUUAAUGUGUUCUCUCGUGUUAAGUCAAUAGCUUUACAUACCCGUAUAAGCAGGGAUAAAUGGUACUUGCAUGUAAACGUUUCCUCUCUCCAUGUCUCAUUAUCUUUGGAGAGGGACAUUAGUAAUGUACAUAUUACCAGGAAAUAUUAAUGUGUGUAUUUCAGUGGAAAACACACGAGUUUAUAUCGAUCUACAUAUAAUUCAUUCCAUUUUAGAGGUAAAUGAAUUUUUACUACUGACUAGAGGUGAAGUCGUGAGUGACGUCUGUCUUUUUGCUUGUCUAAGGCUGAUCUAGUGUCCCAACAACACGUGCACAUUCUACAGUCGUCCCAAGCACCAUUGAGCUGUUUGUCAUUUUAUUUUAUUUUUUGGGUUAAAAUGAGGUACAAGCGUUUAAUAAGAAGCACCUAAAAACUUUAUGGCCUGUAAUUUUUUAAAUUGUAGACACUUUGUGAUUGUCAUUUUCCUCAAAGUGGCAUGAUUCUGUAUCAUGCCUGUGUUAUAUCGUGUUUUGGUUUUCUUAUGUUUAGUAAUGGUUGAAUGGCACUACUUUAUCAUUUAAAAACCACAAAAUUCCAUUUUUUUUAAAUCAUGGGAUUUAGAACCCCACUUUUUAGUGUCUUAAAAGGGUACAAAAUUCAGGUUGUUCUUCUGUUUGUUGUUGUUAUUAUUUUAAUUUUAGCACCUUUUAUUUUGAAAAUGCUUUGCAAAUCGUGUCCUGUAAAUUGAGUUCUUUGUGUUUUCAAAGCAGACAAUAUCAUGAUAGUUUCAGUCUAUAUUCAGAUGUCGUCAGGGGAUGAGCCAGGCUGGUCCAUUACACUUGUGGGACCAUACUGAAAUCUGUGAGGACUGUCGUCAGACUUUAAGGGACAAAACCUGCUAAACCAAGGGCUAACUUCUUGCUCGGCCUCAGUUACAGCUUUAACCAAGUAUAUAUCUCAUACUCUGCAUCUGUCUCUUUCUCAGCUUCUACUGAAAUGCUCUUUUGUUAACACUGUAUGUAGAUAAUGUGGUCUGCCUUGUUUAAAGGGAAAACUAUUACUCUGGAUGUAAUUUUUAUUGCCUCGAUAAAUAAUAUAACUGUACAUUCAAUAAAUACAGAACAUUGUCAAACAUG